GCUUAGAAACAUGGAUAGACCGUCAUUCUACCUGGCAGCCUUCUUGGCCGUCGUAGUGAUGGCCGUUGUCGCGGAGGAGAUGUAUUCGGACAUGUUCGAUCACAUUAAGCCGGAAGAUAUCUUGCCAAACGACGAACUUCGGAAUCAGUAUUAUAACUGCCUCAUGGACACCGGCCCCUGUGUAACCGAGGAUCAGAAAUUCUUCAGAGAACACGCCGCCGAAGCGUUUGUAACGAAAUGCCGCAAAUGUACGGAUAUACAAAAGCAGAACGUCGAGAAGAUAGUCGUAUGGUAUACUGAGAACCGUCCGGACGAAUGGACCGCCAUGGUGCAGAAGUUGCUGGAGGACGCGAAAAAGCUGAAUAUCAGUCCCGUCGUUUAAUAUUGCUAAAUGAACUUAUAUAGUCCAUUUCACUUGUUGCACUUGUCUUAUUUUUACAAAGAUUUACAGAAUCAAGUAGAUCUUGCUUCUGCAUAUCUCUCGAAUAACAUAAUUGCAAUACGAUGAGCACGUAGACAAAGGCAGGAACUAACAAUAUGCAU